ACCAGGCUCUGAUACACUGACACAACACACACACACACACACAACAACAAGAGGCUCUCCACAGAGAGACAACAGUCUCCGAUAAACCGACACACACCAAGAGGCUCUCACACAGAGACAGACAAGACAACGGGCUGAUGCAGAGACACACAACAACAACAACAAGAGGCUCUUACAAUGAGAGAGAGAGACAACAGGCUCUGAUGCACUGACACAUGCAACAAGAAGCUCUCGCAGAGAGAGACGACAGACUCUGAUACACUUGACACACGCAUAACAACAGGCGAUGACACAAGACUCACACACACAAUAAAUAACAGGCUCUGACACACACGACAGACCGACACCCAAAAGGCUCCGAUACACAGACGAGGCACACACACACCCCCGUGUCGAACAGGGGUUUGGACGCAGAAAACAGACGCGCCCACAACGAGACCUCUCGCACAACACCCGCCCACCGACCCCCGCAAACACGACGCUCAACACAAACAGGAGAGAAAGGGAAACACGAAGCCUCCAAGAGACACGGAACAAAAAAAAAACCCCAGAGACCCCGAGACACAAGGCUCCGGAGGGAGGAGACCAGGACACGACACGCACAGACCCCGGGCCUGAGCCUGGGCCCGACACCCUGGGCCUGGGAGCCCAGCAGAUACAAGGCCAGCCCGGGGCCUGGGGGCCGAGAGUCACCGAGGCCCAGGCCCAGAGGAGGCGGGGCCUGGAGCCGCGGACAAGACGGCGUGAGGCGAAGGGGAGCGAGUCCCUGCUCGGCUGGAGGUGAUAAAUGAGCGAAGUAAAGUGAAAGGUGACAGAAGUGGGAGCAGCAACAUGAAGUUGUAUGUAUUUCUGGUCAACACUGGAACUACCCUUACAUUCGACACUGAACUUGCUGUACAGACUGUUGCAGAUCUUAAGCAUGCCAUCCAAGCUAAAUAUAAGAUUGCGACUCAGCAUCAAGUAUUGGUUGUCAAUGGAGGGGAAUGCAUGGUUGCAGACAGGCGUGUUUGUAACUACAGUGCUGGAACGGAUACAAAUCCAAUCUUUCUGUACAACAAAGAGAUGAUCUUGUGUGAUCGUGCACCAACUAUACCCAAGACAACAUUUUCUGCAGAAAAUGAGAUGGGGCUGAAGGUAGAAGAGUCUUUAAUGAUGCCAGCUGUCUUUCACACAGUGGCUUCUAGAACCCAGCUUGCUGUGGAGAUGUAUGAAGUUGCAAAGAAACUUUGCGCGUUCUGUGAACGACUGGUCCAUGAUGAACAUCUUCAGCAUCAAGGCUGGGCUGCCAUCAUGGCUAAUUUGGAGGACUGCACCUAUUCUUUCCAAAAGUUGUUGACAAAAUUUGAACAUGCAUAUAACCAUUAUGAGCAUUCUGUGGAAGAUAUUAAGCUAAAACUCACAAGUCUAGGCACAGCAGUCUCUGUAAUGGCCAAGAUCCCACUUUUGGAGUGUUUGACGAGACACAGCUAUCGGGAAUGCCAGGAGAGACUGAGAUUACCUGGAGAAGAGACUGAAGCUGAGAGGUUCAAUAGCUCAUUACUGUAUGAAGCUAAAUCUAUAGUUGGUAAAAAGUCACCCUCUUCUACUUUGACAUCAUAUGGACAUCCUGAGCAGGAUAAUGUUUUUCAGCAAUCCGGAGAGGACAAAGACGUUAAUGAAGAAAAGACUCCAAAUGCUGCAGGAGAUGAAUUUAAUGUGGGUGAUCAGGUUUUCUUUAACGUCUCCUUGCUGGAUUGGAUUAAUGUACAAGAUAGACCAAAUGAUGUGGAAUCACUGGUCAGAAAAUGCUUCGACUCUAUGAACCGACUCGAUCCAGGAAUUCUUCAGCCAUUUCUAUUGGAGUGUCACGAAACAAUUGCCAAACUUGAUAAUCAGAACAUGAAAGCAAUUAAGGGACUUGAAGAUCGACUGUACGCUCUGGAUCAGAUGAUAGCCAGUUGCAAUAGGCUGGUAAACGAACAAAAAGAAUUAGCUCAGGGAUUUUUAGCAAAUCAGAAGAGAGCUGAAAAUCUGAAAGAUCCAUCUGUCCUUCCUGAUUUAUGUCUGAGUCAUGCAAAUCAGCUAAUGAUUAUGUUAACAAACCACAAGAAGCUGGUGGAUAUUAAGCAGAAAUGUACCACCGCUAAGCAGGAACUUGCAAACAACUUGCAAGUCAGAUUGAAGUGGUGUUGUUAUGUGAUGCUUCAUGCAGACCAGAAUGGUGAAAAACUACAAGCUUUGCUACGACUUUUGACUGAACUGCAAGAGCGAGUACGGGUUGUAGAGGCACUUAGCACUGUUCCUCAGAUGUAUUGCCUAGCAGUUGUGGAGGUUGUGAGGCGUAAAAUGUUCACAAAACAUUACAGGGAGUGGGCCAGUGCUCUUGUGAAAGAAGGGAAACAACUCUAUGAGGCUGAGAGAACGAAAAGGGAGUCUUUUGGAAAAUUGUUCAGAAGGUCUUUUCUAAGGAAUCGCUUAUUUAAGGGACUAGACUCUUGGCCAGCAUCAUCGUUUUGUACCCGCAAGCCUCGGAAGUUUGAUUUUGAGCUUCCUGACAUAUCUUUGUCUGACCUGCAGUUUCUGCAGACUUGCUGUCCUCCAGAAGUGCAGCCUUUCCUCAGGGUUCCUACGCUGUGUGACUUUGAGCCUUUGAAUCAGCAUAUUCAAGUUCUUCGUAACCUGGUAAAAGCAGCUCAGAGUUUGGAUGAGAUGUCUCAGACUAUUACAGACUUGUUGACUGAGCAAAAGGCUUCUCUUGAUCAAGCAGAGUUAAAAGGAGCAACAACGCAAAGGUCAGAGAGUACAACUGGAACUAAGACUACCUCUUCCAGAGCUUCAUCCACUCUCAGCCUUCAGGGACCCAUCUGUCCACCUGCAAAUGUUCCUGCCUCUUUGGAAGAGCUGUCCCCUGAUAGUAUUGACGCUCAUACGUUUGACUUUGAGACAAUUGCUCAUCCAAAUUUAGAACAAGCUCUGAAACAAGAAUCCAUUGACAUGGACUCAUUGGCAGAGAGUCCAGAGUCUGAUUUUAUGUCAGCAGUGAAUGAAUUUGUGAUUGAAGAAAAUCUAGCUUCUCCCAAUGUGAUCAGUGAUCCACAAAGCCCUGAAAUGAUGGUGGAAUCAUUGUAUUCCUCAGUUAUUAAUGCUAUAGAUAACAGGCGUAUGCAGGAUACAGCUGUUGGUGAAAAGGAGGACUCUAAAGAAGUUGCAUCUCUAAAGGUGUAUAUAGAAAAAUAUAGAUUUAUUGCUGAAAUGUCACAGUCACAUUUUAUAAGCAUUAAGGAAGACCUCAGCCACUUCAGAUCACUUGUUCAGGAAGAGCAGUAUGAUUUUAAUACUUCCAUGAAAAAUGUAACUCAAGAAUUAAGACACAUAAUAGAAACUGUAAAAUGUAGAGUUGAAACCGAAACAAAAGAAAACUAUCAACGCAUUUUAGAAACUUUAAGGAAAGAUUAUGAUGACAGAAUAGACAAAGGGAAAGCAGAGACUGAGGCCAAUCGGCAAAAUGUAGAAAAGCUCAGAAGAGAUUUGAUGGAGCUUGAAAAUGCUAUAAAACAGAAAGAUGAGGAGAUCAAUGUGAUGAAAGCUGAGCAUGAAAUACUUUUGCGUUUACAAACUGAUAAAGAUAAAGAAAUGCUUUCCUUGGCAGAAGCAAAGAAAGCACAGGAAUCUCAAAUCCAAGAACUUGGUCAAUCCAAAGCAGAUUUAUUAGAAGAAUUUAACCAAUUUAAGGUACAAAGUGAUCAGAAGUCAGAGCAAUUGAAAACAGAACUUCAGAAUCUUGAACAAAGUCACUUGAAGGAUCUUGAAGAGAGCCUGCAGGCCAGGUACGAGCAAGAAAUAGAGAAGCUGACAGCUGAUCACCGCAGUCAGGAAGAGCAAAUGCUGAGAAAAAAUGAAGUACAAUUAGAGCAGACAAAAGAGUCCUUUACGUUAAAGGUCCACGAGAAGGAACAAGAGCUUAAUGAACUUAAGAUGAAAGUCUCUGAGCUUUCUGACCUUAGGUGCAAACUCGAAGUUGAAAUGGCUUUAAAAGAAGCUGAAACUGAGGAAAUAAGGCAACUUUUCGAAGAAAACCAAUCCCAACAACAGGAAACUAUAAAGUGCCAGGUGAUGAAAGAAGUUGAGAGUUACACUAAAGAGAUCAAUGGUUUGAAACGCCAGCAGCAGGUACAAACUGAAGAAUAUAAGGUGGGCCUUGCAGAACAAAGGACCUUAAUGACCUUAGAAAAAAAUCAGUGUGUCUCUGAGUUGGUGGACAGGCAAGAUGAAGAGAUGACCCUGCUUAGAGCAGAACUGAUUAAGCUGGAUACAAUAAGGCAGCAAGCACUUAAUGUGGAAGCAGGAUUAAAAGAACAAAUUGGAGAGCUCAACAAUACGUUAGAAGAACGUUUGAAAACAAUAGAAAAACAAAGGGAGGAAAUGAUUUCUGAGAAAGAGAGAGCUCUUUGUGAAAUAGAAUCAAAAUACCAAACUAUUGUUCGUGGUCUUCAGGAAGACAAGGAGCAGCUACUUCACUCCUUGCAACAAGACAAAGAGACUGUUAGAACUGUUAUGCAUUCGACCUCUGAGGAGUGUGUACAAAAAUCUCAUGAGGAAGAAUUGCAAACCAAAUUUCAACAACUUGAAAGCCACCUUGAAGAACAAAGUAGUGUUGACAGGGAAGUUUUAUCUGCUGCACCAAUCAGUAGGAGUCCAUCAAGUCUUAUUGCUGACCUUACAGGGAAGUUUGAAGAAGAGAAGGCCAGCUUACUUGAACAGCUUGAAAAGCGAAAUGAAGAGCUCCAAAACCUUAAAACCUCCCUGAUUGCAGAACAGCAGACCAACUUCAACACCGUUUUAACCAGAGAAAAAAUGAAAAAAGAACAAAUUAUUAAUGAACUGAGCGAGCAGCUCAAAAAGCUAACUCAGCAACAAGAAAAAGAUCGAGUUUUGAUAGAAUCGCUCUCUGCAGACAGAGCUACUUUGCUGCAAGAAAAGAAAAAGCUUGAUGAAGAGCUCAACAGGCUACGGAGUAAUGCGCUAGUUUCUUCUACUAUCUUUUCCUCACCUGGACCUUCGGGAAUUGAGGCUGCUGCUAGUACAACUGAUCUUCUAUUUGACCCUGAAAGACUUGCUUCAGUAGCUACCAUAAUGGAAGAAGGAAAAAUCGAUUCUGCAAUGGAGGCAAGCACUAUGGCUUUACGUGAAACCAUUCACAUGUCUGAGGAGAAACAUAGGAUUAUGGUUUUAGAAAGGACAUUACAAAUGAAAGAAGAGGAGAAUAAACGUUUAAAUCAAAGAUUGAUGUCUCAGAGUAUGUCAUCUGUGUCCUCCAGGCAUUCUGACAAAAUAGCCAUUAGAGAUUUCCAAGUUGGGGAUUUGGUCCUCAUUAUUCUGGAUGAACGACAUGAUAACUAUGUUCUAUUUACUGUUGGCCCAACCCUUUACUUCCUGCAUUCAGAGUCAUUGGGGGCAUUGGAUCUUAAGCCAGUUCCAGGUUCCUCCAGGAGACCAUGGGUACUUGGGAAAGUGAUGGAAAAGGAAUACUGUCAGGCUAAAAAGGCUCAAAACCGAUUUAAAGUUCCUUUAGGAACAAAGUUUUACAGAGUGAAGGCAGUACCCUGGAACAAGAAAGUAUAACAAUGAUGAAAAAGUCCCGUUAGCUCAUUCUUUCAUUUCUGUCAGUUCCUUUUUCGGCUUGUUGUGCAACAUUCAUUAUGCAGCUUCUGAAGAUGUUUAGAAGAGGUGGUACAAAUGUAAUUGACAUAUGUGGAAAUUUGCUGGAGUGAUUCAUUUUUGUACUUCCCAUUCAGAUAUAUUGAAUGCAGCUCUGCCCAGAGCAUAAACAAUAAAUCAAUCCCAUUUAAUGAACUUUUAGUUUUACCCAGAUAACUUAGAAAUAUGGACCAAAUAAGUUAUUUUCAAAGGGCAUGCUGACUAGAUUGUGGCAUACGAGCCAUAUUAUUUGCCUGUUCCAAAACAAUUUUGAGUAUCCUAAUGCUAAUUUGUCAUUACCAGCAUUUGUCCUUUUGUGAAAGAAUUUAUCAUCUAAGUAGUUCUAAGAACCCUUCCUUAAAAUAUGUAUUUAAGCAUUAAGUAUUUAAUGAGGAGUGUUCCUGGCAUGCAAAUGACUCAUAUAAGGUUUUAUGCGUUUGCAUCCAUGGAUUUCCAUUCUAGCUAUUAAUCUAGAGAGAUACUGAAGUCACUUAGAAACAAAUAGAAGGCAUAGCCCAGUUUGGUGAAGACCUGUGUGAAGAGUGUGACAAGUCAGUCUGCAUCAGUCACCAGAGUUGUAUUUUUACAAAAAUGCACUUUUCAACAGUUUGUGUAUACCUAUUGGAAGGGAAGAACUCUUGCUGAAUACAGCUCACACAGUACUACUGACUUCCCGAAAACCUAAAGCUGAAAUACAUUCUAUGGUUUCAUCUUCGUGACGAGUGUUCCAUUCAGUUAAUAAUUUUAAAACCAUUUUGUCAUUGUACAUUAAGCAUUAUAAAAUCUUCAAGUAAUACAUUACUGUAUUGUAAAACAAAUUAAGAAUUUUGAAACAAUAAAGAUUUAAACCUAUG